AUGAAGAGAAAGAGGGAGGAAAAAGAGAGGGCGACAGCAGCUUCAACAAGCAGUAGCCGUGAUGACGGAUUGGGAAGUGGCUACGAGGUGUUCCUGAAUUUCAGAGGUCCCGACACCCGUUUAACCAUGGCUGAUUGUCUCUACAAUGGCCUGAUUGGUGUAGGGAUCCGUGCUUUCAAAGACAACGAAGAGCUCCGAUUUGGCGAAGAGAUCGAAGGUGGUCUCUUGCAAGCAAUCAAUGACUCCAGAAUUUACAUCCCGAUAUUCUCCAAAGGCUACGCUUCAAGUAAGUGGUGCCUCCGUGAGCUGGCACGCAUAGUGGAGCUAUCAAGAGGUAACGAUGAGAAAGUGAUCCUCCCUAUAUUUUACGACUUGAACGUGGAUGAUGUCAAGCUUAAGACUAAGUUAUAUCGGAAGGCCCUUCGGAAGCACAAGAGCAAAUAUGGGAAAGAUUUAGCAAAGAAGUGGAAGAAGGCUUUAAGAGAGGUUUUUCAGAAUUAG